GUUGGCUGAGCGAAGUGACAGGUGCUAGAUCGGAGGCUGGAGGCGGCGGGUCAUUUCGAGCUCCCAUCAAAUGCAAAAAAUGACUGACGCGCGUGUGUUGAAGAGGAAGCGAGUUUUGUUCUUGUUGAGAUUGGUAGUACUCCCGUGCUCUUUGGCUUUCUGUUUGGUCUUCUGCGACGCAAGAGUUCCAAGUGUUCGCUUCUGGGUGUGCACUGCAUCCAAAGCCCCAUGCUGCGAGAGGCCGACCAGAAACGCCUUGGACGCCGCUGCAGGAGACGCCAUCGGAUCUUAGCGCAGGGUCCUGGGUGCCGGUUGUCCACAGGGUGCUUUGAGGCCUUGGGGUUCAAAGCCAGCUGUAGUAACUGGCGAAACAGAAUGCUUUAGAGGAACUGGGCAAGUUUUGUGAGGCAAUUUAGUGCUUGAAUUUGAAGAAACUGAAGACCCUGAUUUUGUUGCAUUGUGUCAGAAAUUAAAGAUACCAGAUCAUGUCAGAGAAAGAGCUUGGUUAACGUGGGAGAAAGUUUCAUCUGCAGAUGGUGUAUUGGAAGGUUAUAUUCAAAAGAAAAAGGAACUGUGGGGAAUCUGUAUCUUUAUUGCAGCAGUUGACCUAGAUGAGAUGCCAUUCACUUUUACUGAGCUACAGAAAAACAUAGAAACCAGUGUCUGUAAAUUCUUUGACUUACUAAAAGAAAUUGAUACCAGUACCAAAGUUGAUAAUGCUGUGUCAAGACUGUCGAAGAAGUAUAAUGUAUUAUGUGCACUCUACAGCAAAUUAGAAAGGACAUGUGAACUUAUAUAUUUGACACAACCCAGCAGUUCGAUAUCUUCUGAAAUAAAUUCUGUGUUGGUGCUAAAGCUUUCUUGGAUCACGUUUUUACUAGCUAAAGGGGAAGUAUUACAAAUGGAAGAUGAUCUCGUGAUCUCAUUUCAGUUAAUGCUGUGUGUCCUUGACUAUUUUAUCAAGCUCUCACCCCCUGCAUUGCUUAAAGAACCAUAUAAAACAGCUGUGAUACCUAUUAAUGGUUCACCUCGAACACCAAGACGAGGUCAGAACAGGAGUGCACGGAUAGCAAAACAACUAGAAAAUGAUACAAGAAUUAUUGAAGUUCUCUGUACAGAACACGAAUGUAAUAUAGAUGAGGUGAAAAAUGUUUAUUUCAAAAAUUUUAUACCUUUUAUGAAUUCUCUUGGAAUUGUAGCUUCUAAUGGACUUCCAGAGGUUGAAAGUCUCUCUAAACAAUAUGAAGAAAUUUACCGUAAAAAUAAAGACCUAGAUGCAAGAUUAUUUUUGGAUCAUGACAAAACUCUUCAGGCUGAUCCUAUAGACAGCUUUGAAACACAGAGAACACCACGAAAAAGUAACCCUGAUGAAGAGGUGAAUAUGAUUCCUCCGCAGACUCCAGUUAGGGCUGUUAUGAAUACUAUUCAGCAAUUAAUGACGAUCUUAAAUUCAGCAAGCGAUCAACCAUCAGAAAACCUGAUAUCCUAUUUUAAUAACUGCACAGUGAAUCCAAAGGAAAGUAUCCUGAAAAGAGUAAGGGAUAUUGGAUGCAUCUUUAAAGAGAAAUUCGCUAGAGCUGUGGGACAGGGAUGUGCUGAAAUUGGAUCACAGCGAUACAAACUUGGAGUCCGAUUGUAUUACCGAGUAAUGGAAUCCAUGCUUAAAUCAGAAGAAGAACGAUUAUCCAUUCAAAACUUUAGCAAACUCCUGAAUGACAACAUCUUUCAUAAGUCUUUGUUGGCGUGCGCGCUUGAGGUUGUAAUGGCUACAUAUAGCAGAAGUACAUCUCAGAAUCUUGAUUCUGGAACAGAUUUGUCCUUCCCCUGGAUUCUGAAUGUACUUAAUUUAAAAGCCUUUGAUUUUUACAAAGUGAUUGAAAGUUUUAUCAAAGCAGAAGCCAACUUGACAAGAGAAAUGAUAAAACAUUUAGAAAGAUGUGAACAUCGAAUCAUGGAAUCCCUUGCAUGGCUCUCAGAUUCACCUUUAUUUGAUCUUAUUAAACAAUCAAGGGACCGAGAAGGACCAGCUGAUCAUCUUGAACCUGCUUGUGCCCUCAACCUUCCCCUCCAGAAUAACCACACUGCGGCAGAUAUGUAUCUUUCUCCUCUAAGAUCCCCAAAGAAAAAAGGGCCAACUCCGCGUGUAAAUUCUCCUCCAAGUGCAGAGGCACAAGCAGCCCCAGCCUUCCAGACUCAGAAGCCGCUGAAAUCUACCUCCCUUUCACUCUUUUACAAAAAAGUAUACAGGCUAGCAUAUCUCCGCCUUAAUACCUUGUGUGCGCGCCUUCUGUCUGACCACCCAGAGCUAGAACACAUCAUCUGGACCCUUUUCCAGCACACCCUGCAAAAUGAGUAUGAACUCAUGAGAGACAGGCAUUUGGACCAGAUCAUGAUGUGUUCUAUGUAUGGCAUUUGCAAAGUGAAGAAUAUUGACCUUAAAUUCAAAAUCAUUGUAACAGCGUACAAGGACCUUCCUCACGCUGUCCAGGAGACAUUCAAACGUGUUUUGAUCAGAGAAGAGGAAUAUGAUUCCAUUAUAGUAUUCUAUAACUCUGUCUUCAUGCAGAAACUGAAAACAAAUAUUUUGCAGUAUGCUUCCACAAGGCCCCCUACCUUGUCACCAAUACCUCACAUUCCUCGAAGCCCUUAUAAGUUUUCUAGUUCACCUUUACGGAUUCCCGGAGGGAACAUCUAUAUAUCACCCCUGAAGAGUCCAUAUAAAAUUUCAGAAGGCCUGCCAACUCCAACAAAAAUGACUCCAAGAUCAAGAAUCUUGGUAUCAAUUGGUGAAUCAUUUGGGACUUCUGAGAAGUUCCAGAAAAUAAAUCAGAUGGUGUGUAACAGCGACCGUAUGCUCAAAAGAAAUGCCGAAGAAAGCAACCCUCCUAAACCACUGAAAAAACUACGCUUUGAUAUUGAAGGAUCAGAUGAAGCAGAUGGAAGUAGACAUCUCCCAGGGGAGUCCAAAUUUCAGCAGAAACUGGCAGAAAUGACAUCUACUCGAACACGAAUGCAAAAGCAGAAAAUGAAUGACAGCAUGGAUACCUCAAACAAAGAGGACAAAUGAGGAUCUCAGGACCUUGGUGUGGGCACUGUGUUCACCGCUGGCUUCAUUGUCUCUCCCAGACUGACCGUAUAAUUCUCCCAAGUUCUGUUUACGGCCACAGUUAAUACUCAGCUUCAGUUCUUCUUGUGGAUAUAAAAGGAUGUGUGCAGAUGCGAGUUGAAUUUGUGCGUGGGAUUCCUAAACCACUUGCACUGUUGUAGUCAUUGUUAUCGUACAAGAUUGAAAAUCUUGUGUAAAUCUUGCCAUUUAAAAAUCGGUAUCAGAUUGUUUCCAUUUCCAAAGCGUAAGUGCUCUGCUUCCCAAAUGGUGAGGACACCUGGAGAGCGUGGGUCCUGACAACCAUGCCUAUCUUUCUAAGUACUUUGCCUUCCCUUUUGCAUAUGUGUGAUGUUUGCUACUGUUUUUAUUAAUUUAUAUAUGUAUUUUUUAUUUAACAUGAACGCCCUCAGAAAAUGUGUCUUGUCUUCCAAAUCCAAUUUGGAUGACUACUGAUUUUCACCCAGAUUAUCCUGAACUCUUCUGUUAAAACAAAUAUUAGAAACUAGAAAAAAAAAAUUACUAAUUUUUACACAUUACAUUUUACUUUACUUUUGGAAUCUGAUGUCCUGUGUGUUUGUUUUAUAAAUUUUAGCUUUUGAAUGCAGGCAGAAAACAAAGUGUAGACAUGAUACUGUCAUACUACUGACACAGAUUUCAUACCUCAGAACUAGUAGGAAUUUCUGACUGAUUGUAUCCUUCAUCCAACUCAUGCUUUACAAUGAGGGUUAAUAGUACUUUUGGUUUUUAUACUAUUCCGAUCACUGAAGUUAUUAAGUACCCCUUUAAUACUUGAAAAAGUGAAGUGUUCAGGCUAGACCUUUGUUAUAGAGGACCCUAAUACAGUAGACUCCAAGUGCACUUUCUAAGGUUUCUGGGUCCUAAAGAAUCAAGAUAGAAAUUAAUUGUACCUUAUAAGCAGGCUGUUAACUAUAGGAGCCUUAAUUUUUUUUUUUUCCCCUAGAGAUUUGUCAAGUUGCAUCUCAACAAUUAUUCUGCCCUCCUAAAUUUAGGAAGGUUUGUGUUUUCUCUGGAAUGGUACAUGUCUUCCAUGUAUCUUUGGAACUGGCAGUCGUCUGUUUAUCUUUUACUUUUUUAAAGCCAGUAUGGGCUAACACUGGCACAUUCAAAGCCAGAUUAUUUCUAGUCCAAAAUUGCAAGUAAUCAAAGGUCUCUGCGGGUUAGGCAUUAUUGCUUCUGAUUUUGUACGAAAGCUUCAAGUUAAAGUGGCUUCAUUAGAAGAGGCGCUUUUUCCCCUUGGCACCUAAAGGUGUAUUUAAACUAUCUUGUGUGAUUAAGUUAUUUAGAAAUGGUAUAAUUUAAAUAGGUGGUAUUUAAGUUAGCAUCAACUUAGCGUUUAGGAAAAUAAUUUUGUCUAAAUCCAGAAUUCUUUUUAAAAAGAAAUCUGAUCUCGUUUGUUAGAAAACCAAAAAAUUUUUGGCUCAAUUAAGUUUCAAACUCAUUAUUUUGACAGCUAUCUGGGUAACAAAGGCACUAGACAGCUUGACUGCAUUUCCUCUCUAGUUUCGCAUGACUAGCUUACAGAUCAUUUGGCUUGUAGGUCAGGGCCUGCCAUGUUUCCACAUCCUUUGCUAAUAUGUUCAUGUCAGAAUUAGUGCCAGAGCUUUAGGAACUUCAGAGAUUUCUUAAGGCUUCAGAUACUGCUUUUUGUAUUGGUUAAAACUGUACAUUUAAAAUUGCUAUGUUCUAUUUUCUACAAUUCAUAGUUCACCUAUUUUAAAAUAAAUUAGUUAAGAGUCUUAAUGGUGUGAUGUUGUGGUCUUUGUAUUAAGUGUACUAAUGCCCUGUUCUACUAAACUUGUUCCUAGUGUGAACUCAUCCGUUCUUGGCCUUUAAAUGGGAUCUCUGUGCUGAUGCUCCCGAACUUACUUCUCUAGCCCUGAUGUUUUCACUGAGGUCAAAGUUCUCUUAGCCAACAGAACUCUUGGUUCCUACCCCUUUCCCUCAUCCCCACAUACUUCUCAAAAUAUAAACUAGAAUCAAACAAAAAUACUGUGUUUCUACCCUGGACUUCCCCGUUUUACUAAACUCUUGCUCAGCCCCAAAACCUAGGCAUCAUCUGUUAACUCCUGUCCGGACCACUGUUAGACUUCUAACUGGUCUCACUGUUCCUUCUCUUCGUCUUUACCAUCCAACUCCAAUAAAGAACAAUACUGUCCUUGAAAACUGGAAUUUGUUCACAUUGCUCCUCUACCUGAAGUACCCAGACUCCUUCUCACGGCCCACUGAGCAUUUCCUGAUCUGGCCCUGACCUCCUUCUCCAUCCUCAUCAGGUACUACCUUCCCCCCUGCCCACCACUGUAGCCACACUGACCUUCUUUAGCAAUGCCACACCUGUCCCUGCAUCAGGCUUUUACACUCCUUUUCCUUCUGCCUGGAAUGCUCUUCUCCCAGAAUUUUGCACAGCUGGUUACUUUCAUCUUUCAGGGUUUAGCUCAGAGACCUUUCCUAACCACCCAAGCUAAAAUCAUCACUCUGUAUUGUAUCACUCUCCUUCAAAAUUGUACCAGCAUUUAUCACAAUCUGAAAUUGCCUUAUUUGACCUGCUAUUUACUGCCUAUCUCCCCAUUCCUAACCCCUUCCCCAAAUUGUGAGCAUCAACCUAGUGGUAUUAUCCACUACUAUAGCUCUAGCACCAAGAAUCCAUUAAUUAAAAAAAAAAAAAAAAAAGCAGAAUCUGUAUUUUUCCAAGUAUGUGAAAGCAAACAAUACUUUCUUCCUUUUUAAAAUGUCAGUAUUUUCAUUCUAUGAUUUGAAAGCAUUACCAUAAAUAUACACGUGUGUACAUAUAUCUAUAUACACAUAUGUGUGUGGGUAUUUCAUUCAAAUAUUUACUGAGUUCCUACUAGGUUCUAGAUACAUACAAAAAAAAAAAAAAAAAGACAUACAA